AUGAUUAACAAUAAGUACCGGAUUUUAGCUACAACCCUAAUUUCAACGCUCAAGCCUCAAGCCUCUCAACUUUCCCAGUUUCCCUUCAUCGCCGCCUUCUCAACUUUCCCUUCGUCGCCGCCUUCUCAACCUCUCAACUUUCCCUUCAUCUCCGCCUUCUCAACUUUCCCUUCGUCGCCGCCUUCUCAACCUCUCAACUUUCCCUUCGUCGCCGCCUUCUCAGCUUUCCCUUUGUCGCCGCCUUCUCAACCAUUGCCGCCUACUCAGCAAUCACCGCUGUUCCUACUCAACAAUCACGGCCGUGCCUACUCAGCGUCUCAGCGCACCCUCAGUCAGGAACAAACCUCUUGCGUGCAUUUUUUUUUUGUUAUGUCUAUAGAAGGGUCAUCUAUUCCACUUACCAUAAAUAGUGUCAUAGCUGAAAGUAAUGAGGUUAAUCUUGAGAUCAACAAGGAAAUUGCCACAGCUGGUCAAGAAACACAAGAAAAUGCUGCAGCAAAAGAGGAAGAGGGAUUCCAAACAAAGAAAAGGAAAAAAAUUUCAGAAGUUUGGAAUGAUUUUGACACAGUGGAUGGAUCAAAGAAAGCAAAAUCUUCGCCAUCCAUUCUGACUGUGCAUUCUGGAAAAUUUGACAUGGAACAAAUGAGGGAGGUAGCUUCUCAUUGGAUCAUGAUGCAUGAACACCCAUUCACCAUUCUUGAUGAAGAGGGGUUCAAUUUAAUGAUGAGGCGUGGAAUGCCGGAAUGGCAAAAAAUUAGUAGGACGACAUGCCGAACAGAUUGUAUGAAAAUUUAUGAGAUUGAGAAAAAGAAGUUGAAGAAGAGUCUUGAGUGUGUUGAUAAAAUAAGUUUGACAACAGAUUGUUGGAAGUCAAAGACUCAAAAGAUUGAAUACAUGGUUGUCACUGGGCAUUGGAUUGAUUCUUGUUGGAAUUUACAAAAGCGAGUUUUAAGUUUCAUUAACAUUCCACCACCAAGGGAAGGUCUUCAAAUUUCUUAUGCCAUUUUCAAGUGUAUGAAAGAGUGGGGCAUUGAAAAUAAGGUUUUCACUAUUACAGUUGAUAAUGCUUCAAGUAAUGAUUUGGCUAUUCGAUAUAUGAAAGAUACCAUUCAAAGGUCAAGAACAUUGGCAUGUGAAGGAAAUUUAUUUCAUGUUCGUUGUUGUGCACAUAUCUUGAACUUGUGCGUUCAAGAUGGAUUGAGGGAGAUUGAAGAUAUUAUUGGUAAUAUAAGGGAAAGUGUAGAAUAUGUAAAUCGUUCAGAGGCAAGAUGUGUGCAAUUUGCAGAGUGUGUGCAACAACUACAGUUGAAGGAUAAAAAAUUGAUUCGUGAUUGCAAAACCUGGUGGAACUCGACUUUUGAGAUGUUAAGUUGUGUACUCAAGUUCAAAGAAGCUUUUAAGAUGUUCAAAGAACGUGAUCCCUUUUAUGGUUGCUGCCCUCAAGAAGGAGAAUGGAAUAAAGCUCAAAAGAUUUGCUCACUGUUGAAGUCUUUUUGGACAGCCACACACAUUAUUUCAGGUAGUGAGUAUCCUACUUCAAAUUUAUUUCUUCAAGAAGUUCAAAAAAUAAAGUCAGCAUUGGAUAUUUAUGCACAACAUGAAGAUUUGUUUCUUAAGCAACUAGCUAGCAAAAUGAAAGAAAAAUUUGACAAGUAUUGGGGUGAUUGUAAUUUAUUGAUGGCUAUAGCUGCUGUGUUAGAUCCAACCAAAAAAAUGCUUGCGGUUGAAUUUUGUUUUCCUAAACUUUAUUCUGAAUUGGAUGCCUCUAAGCAUAUCUCAAAAGGUAAGGAGAUAAUUAUUUCUCUUUAUGAGGAGUAUGUUGUUGAAGAAACUAAUAAAGGAACACCUCAUUUAUCUGAGCCUGAGAGUUUUGAUUCUUCAAGUGCUAGAAGAAGUCAACAAAAUUCUGUGUAUAAUUGGGAUGAUUUUGAUGAUUAUUGUGCAAAAGUUGAAAUUUCAGAGACUAAGAGAUCUGAAUUAGUAGAUUAUCUUGAAAAAGGACGUCUAAAGAAGAAUGAGAUUCCUAAAAAAUUUCGUGUUUAG